AUGUUAAGCGAACGGGGCUGCCAAAUAACCAACAGUUGUAAAAAUGGAGGUGCUUGCGUGUACGACGAGAAAAAACAAACUUAUUCAUGCAAGUGCAAGCCGCCUUGGACCGGAGAAACUUGUGCUAAGCUGGUUACCUGUGACAGCCAUCCCUGCAAAAACAGUGGAACUUGCACAGACAAAGUCAACGAAUAUAACUGCAGCUGUGCACCAGGAUUUUACGGGACACAGUGUGAAAAGAUUGAAGGCCUGUCUUGCUCAUCAGCUUACCGAAUGGUCUUUGGACAGCCUAGCAUAAAGAGUUACGCCAGCAUAACAAACGCCAUCUCGUCUAGUCUCUCGGAAUUUACCAUGUGCCUUUUUGUCAAAAUGAAGGAGACAAAUUUGAGUGGUGGCCAGUGCCUCUACAGUUAUGCGACUACUGGAGCACCUAAUGGGAAUGCCUUCUACGUUUGUCUGUAUCAAACAGGAAUUAUUAUAUCUAUAGACUCUGAAACAGACACCAGAGUCAAAAUUAUUGAUACCAUGUGGCAUCACAUUUGUGUUACCUGGAAAAACACCAAAGGCAAUUGGCAGUUUUAUAUGGAUGGACAACUUCAAAGCAAUGGAACAGACCUGAAGAAAAAUCAUCCGAUACCACACAGCGGAACAGUUGUCAUUGGACAAGAUCAAGAUAAAGUCGGAGGGAAAUUUGAUACCAAAGAGAGCUUUGGUCCGGGUGAGGUAACAGAAGUCAAUCUUUGGAGCAGAGUCCUUUCAGGGGAUGAAAUUGCAACUCAGAAGGCAAACUGUGACAUCGCACAAGCAAGCCUUGUUCUCUGGUGGGGACAAUUUAAAGGAACCUUUACUGGUGUGAAAAUAGUCGAGCCUUAAAAGUGAUAGGAUUUUCAACACCAGCAUCUUGUUUACGACAAACUGUUUAUCAUAGAAAGAGAUCCCGGCUUCCUCGAACAAGGAACACCUAAACACUGAUCAAUAUCUUCAUACAUGUUAAAUAGCUUUGACCACUCGUAUUGUGGGGUCCAACAAUUGUUAUUACACAGAUGACAGCCCU